AUGGGGUGCAAACAGAGCAAGCCUGUCAUGGAAGACGUCAGGCAGCAAAGGCAGCAUGGCCAAAUGCCAAUGUCACCAGCAAAGCAGAACAGUGGUGGGAAUCAGGAGAACCCAACAGCCACAACAGCCACAACAGCCACAACAGCCCCACAAGCCCAGCAACAAAGCAGCGACUCGUCAUCGUUGUGGGAAGAUGCGCGGUUCGAUCGCGACCAAUGGCAGCAGCGCUUGGACGAUGCUGCGCGUGCCAAGCUGGAUCCCUGUGAGCGACCAGGUGAGACACUGAAGCGUGUUUUGGAAGGCGACGCACUUCCCGACAGCGAGAUCCAGGCGCUGGGCACGCGACAGCCGGCCAUCCGCCUGUUUCUCUCCUCCACCUUCACUGACACGGAGGUGGAGCGCAACGUCUUGAUCGAGGACGUGUAUCCGUACCUCAAGUCCCUCGGACAACGCCUGCGUGUGCAAGUUUACCAGUCCUCCGAGAUGCGCUGGGGCAUCCGUUCUGAGGCCUCUGCCGCCCACGAAACCAGCGAGAUCUGCAUGCGGGAGAUCAAGAGGUGCCAGCAAGAAUCGAGCGGCAUCAGCUAUGUGCUCAUCCUUGGCAACAAGUAUGGCUUCCGCCCCUUUCCCGCCAAGAUCCCCGAGGAGGAGUUCAAGCUGCUGAAGGACGAGAUGGCCAAACAAGCCAAGCAAGCCAAGCAAACUGCCUCCGCUGUGACCUCAGCUGCACUCAACAAGGCCAUGGAGUACAUGGACGAGUGGUUCGUCCUGAAUGAGAACGUCGUGCCGCCGACCCGCGAGCUCAAGCCCGUGAAGAAGGAGCACUCUGAUGCGUGGUGGUCCGACAUCUUCCCCACGCUGCAGAUGUGUCUGCGCCAGGCAGCAACCGGUGCUCCUGGGCUGUCUGAUGAGCGACGCGCCCUGUACGUGCAGAGCGUGACGGCGGAGGAGAUUGACAACGGCCUGUUCAAGGUGCAGCCGAAAGAGGCGCGCGACAAGUCGUGCUUCGUCUUCGACCGCCGCCUGGAGGGCAUCGACGUUGCGUUGGACCCAGACACGGCUAAGCUGUUCAUCGACAUGGCUGGUGGCGAGGUGGACGAGGAGGCGCAGCAGCUGCUGGAGCGAUCGCGUGCAGAAGCGGUGCCGGCUGCGUUGUCACCAUGUCGCAUCAAGACCAUGUCCAUCCCAUGGGGACCAGGCAUCGACCUCGCUCACACCGACCACGCAGAGUACAUGCGCACCUUCGCCGACGCCUUCUGCGACACGCUGGCCGCGGACAUUGAGCGUGUUGCGCGCGAGCACGCGUUUGAGAGCGACACGGUGGUGGAGGAGGCGGCGGCGCACGCCAUGUUCGGCAACCUGCGGCGUCGUGGUCGUACGCUGAUGCUGCCCUGCAUACGUGCACAGCGCAUCACGAGUGGCAAGAGACGCAGCUCCGUUUGCCAUCUGUGGCCCGUCUGGCAGUGCAAGACCUCGCUAAUGGCACACAUCGCAGGUACCAUCAAGGAAGCCCAACCAGCUGCCGUUGUGGUGUCGCGGUUCCUGGGCACGUCGCGGGAGAGCGGCGCUGCCCGCACCCUGAUGGCAAACGUGUACCGCCACAUCCACCGCGCAGUGAAAGGCAAGGAGCCAGCAGCAUCACCAGCAGCCGACUUUGAGAAGCUGACCAAGCAGUUCCAGGCCGCCCUCAAGCUUGGCACGGCUGACAAACCGUUGGUGCUCGUGCUGGACUCGCUUGACCAGCUCUCAGACGAGGACCAGGGCCGCAACCUGGAGUGGCUGCCGCUCGCAUCGCUGCCGCCAAACUGCGCCAUCGUCGUCUCCAGUUUGCCGGAUGUGGGCGGAUGCUGGGAGGUGCUCAAAGCCACGCUGCCAGACAUGAACCAGCAGCACGUGGCCAAGAUCAGCAAAGAUGACGCAGACGGCAUCCUGAGCACGUGGCUGGCCGAUGCCAAGCGGUCCCUCACCCCCGCACAGCGCAGCGUUGUGCUGGGCGCCUACGAGUCCUGCCCCACACCGCUGUACCUCCGCAUCUGCACGCAGUUCUUUGCGCUUCGCUGGACCCACGCAGACGCAAUUGCACCCGACUUCUUCCCCAAGACGGUGGAGGGCUUGAUGGAGAAGGUGUUUGAUGAGCUGGAGACGCGACACGGCAAGGAAACGGUGCGGGCAGCGCUCGGGUACCUCUCUGCCUCGCGCGGCGGGCUGAGCGACAAUGAGAUGGAGGAUCUGCUGUCCUGCAACGACACCGUCCUGGACGAGAUUUACGAGUGGUGGGUGCCGCCCGUCCGCCGCGUUCCCCCGCUCAUCUGGGCACGCAUCGUGUCUGAUCUGGAGGGCGCGUUGGUGGAGCGUGGCGCUGAGGGCGGCGUCACUGUCCGCGCAUGGUAUCAUCGACAGCACCGCGAGGCAGCGGAGCGACGCUACCUUGGCUUCAACUCGCGUAGUGGUGCUGGUGAUGACACGGGUGAUGAUAGCGACGGUAACGGUGAUGGUGCUGGUGAUGGCAACACUGCCACUGCCUCCUCGUCCACCACCACUGCCUCCACUUCCACCACCGCAGCCCAGGCAGUACAGCGGCACGGCGAGCUUGCAGACUACUUCAGCGGCAAGUGGGAGCACGGCCGCCACCUGCACGACAAGACGGACGACGCGAGUGCUCUGCGCGAUCGCAAAGUGGCCUCCAUGAAGACGGUGCUGGCUGGUCGGCUCGAUGACCCGCGCUCCGGUGUUGUGGUCAACGCGCGCAAGGUGGCCGUGCUGCCGUUCCACCUCAUGCAUGCGCAGCGGUGGGAGGAGUGCGCGACAACCCUGUGCGACCUCGAGUUCAUUGAGGCCAAGGCAACAGCGGGGAUGGUGCACGAGCUGACGGCAGAUUUCCAGACCCUACAGCAGAGCAACGCGCCCGAGAGUUUGCUCAAGACACACGAGGUACCCACGUGGACGCGGUUUGUUGGCGCAAAUGCGCACAUCUUUGGCGUCACCCCACACGCCGUUGUGACGCGUGCAACGCUGUACCCUGACCACACGGGCGUCUGCCGGGCUGCGCAAGCCGUGUAUGCAACUGCUGGCACGAGGUUACCGCGCGUGCGCCGCUACAACAAGCCACAGCAGCUUGAUCCGCGCGUGGCCCUGCUCAAGGGCCUGAGCCGGGUUGUUUCGGCGGUUAGGUUUACGCGCGACGGCAAGUGGGUCUUGGCCGGUGGCGAGUCUGGCGAGCUGAGGGCGUGGGAGACGCUGACAGCAACGCCUGUGCUGCGGGUGAAGAUGCCUGGGAAAUGGAGGGGCAUCUCAAAGAUUGUGCAGCUGCCAAGCGGGGUGGUGGUGACGGCGUGCGCCCAGCAGGUGCACCUGUGGGACUUGAGCACGCGCGAGCUUGUGGAGACAAUCGACAUGCUGGAGCCGAGCACAUACUUCCGCGAGCUGCGUAUGACCGAUGACGACACCAUGGUGGUGGCUGUGUCGACUGCAGAGUCCACGCCAACCAAGGUGUUCCUGCAGUCGGCUGACGACCUGAAGACGCGCGUGUGGGAGGCGACGUGCAGCGAAAAGCUGUUCUGCGCGCAGGUCCGCAACAACACGCUCGUUGCAGGGACGCAGGGCGGAGACAUUGUGUGGUUUGAGUUACAAGGCGCCCCAACGACACGAGAGCAGGUUGCAGCCGCCACGGCACCCGUGCAAGGAACGCUGGUGGAGGUUGCGCGCUACAAACCCGAGCCAGCGGAGGGCAAGAAAGGCUCGGCCAUCAAGCGGCUGUGCCUGCUGCCGGACUCACUGGAUGCAGUGGCGAUUUCGGGCUCCCACUUCAUCAAGGUGAAGGCCGACGGCACUGAGGCGGCCAACACAAAGCUGAGUACGAUUCCAUUUGGACUCACGCUGAUGAAGGGCGGGUCCGUGGCAGCGAUUGCGCUGUUUGACGAGAGCAUGGCGCUGUACGACAUUGAGACGAUGACGUAUCUGCAAGCGAUGCGGCCAACCAUGACCGGGGCGCAGGACACCUCCCCCGACGGCAUGCUGGUGGCUUCCGCCGGCACCAACUUCUCCUACGUGUCGGUGUUCAGUGUGGAGCACGUCAACACGGACCCCAACGCAACGGAUCGUGACCAAGAGCCGCUCUCGUUCUACGCCGCGCCCCGCAUUGCGUCGCUUGGUGGAGACGGCGACAGGCGCGCUGUGUUCACGGUUGCCGGUGCUUCCACGACCAUCGACCUGCUGGACGCAGCGACGAUGGAGCAGGUCAAGACGUUUGACGUGUCGGCGGCAACAGAGAAGGUGUCGCUGCAUGACAUGAGCGCUGACGGGCGGUUCAUUGUGGGUGGGCGGUUCAGGUCCGCGAACAUGUUUAUUGUGGACACAACGACGGGGGAGGUGCACGCUGACGUGUUCUCGCACGGCAACAGCACUGACGACCGCGUGUACCGCGUGUUCUUCUCGCCAAACAGCGACAUGUGCGUGGUGGCAAACGAGUACGGGUCCAUGUGUGUGGUGGCACUGCCGUCGUGCAAGGUUGUGUUUGGGCAUGUGAAUGAUCGCAAGGCAACAACGCACCACACGCGGGAGGUGUGCGCGGUGGCGUGGCACCCGCAGUACCCGGACGUGCGCCAGUUUGCGACGGGCUCUGGUGACAGCUCAGCGCGGCUGUGGCAGCUGUCCGGCAACGCUGACGGGGAGGGCACGCCGGACGCGUGCGCGUCCAUCAACACGUUUGCCGGCCACGAGUAUGACGUGCAGAGCGUGGCGUUUUGCACUCCACCACAGGGAGGCACUGUGCUUGCGACGUGCGAUGAGGAGAGUGGCGUGUGGCUGUGGAAGCUGGAUGAGGCGACACCCUACGCGCGCUGCAAGCAUGUGCUGGAAUACGAGACGUCGGCUGCAUCAAGCCCCAUGACCGUGCUGUGGCUGCCAAAGCAGCAGUUGUUGGUGUCCCGCGCUUCGAACCAGAACAUCAAGUUCUGGAACCUGUCUGGCGAGCUGGUGCGGAGUGUGAAGCGGCGCACCAACACGCUGCAUCUGCAUCCGAGCAUGGACUAUGUGGUUGGAAUCACCUUUGGUGGCUUGCAUCUGUUUGAUGCCGACACGUUUGAGGUGGCGUUCCAGUCGUACGGGCAUGACCAGUCGCAGGGCGGUGGCUCCUUCCGCAUGUCCCCAGAUGGACGCUUCUUUGUCUCCAAGUGGGGUGACAAGGCCAUCCUCACCCAUGACUUUUCCAACGUCCCGCUCUGAGCCAGUGGCUGUUGCCAUGACAUGAUGCAUGCUGUGUUGGUGUGUGUGUGUGCUUGCGUG